CUAGUCACUUGCUUGAUGAAUUGAUUGCUCACAUCAGUCCAUACGCAUUUCACUAUUACACACUUCUCCCUCUCUCUCUCUCUCUAUAUAUAUAUAUUGUAAAUGAAAUUUAAAUUCCCUCCACCACUAUCACAUUUUCCUCCACUUGAUUAAUUAAUCACCUUCUUAUUGCACUAUUUCGCCAAUAUGGAACCAACCGGCACAAUACUCUUCAACACCGUCGGCAGAGCCUUUUACUGCUUCGAUAUAUUCGCCGUCGAGCUGCCUCGACAGCUCGACGAAGAUCAGACUUGGUCCGAGCACCGCCUCACCGACGGUGUAUCCAUCAACUUCAACGGCCAGUUCGUUGAUGACCACAAAACUCUUGUUUACAUCUCCGAGCGAACCGGUUCGCCUCGCAUUUUCCUAAAUCAAUCCGAAGAUAUCGAUGCCGAACAUCUCUAUUCCCCACCGGAGAGCCUCUUCCACGACCGCCCCGUCAUCAAAAACCGCCGCCUCUACUUCAUCUCUGCCCAUGAGCAGCCGGAGAAGCCUUUCACGAGCUGGUCGGCUCUUUACUCGACAAUGCUGGAUGACAAGACGACUACGCGGCUAACUCCGUACGGCACCGUGGAUUACAGCCCCGCCGUCUCUCCGUCGGGGAAGCUCAUCGCCGUCGCUUCCUAUGGGCGGAAGGCUUGGGGCGGUGAGUUUCACGAAAUUGACACCGAUAUUGUUGUUUUCUCAGAAUCCGAUCCCACCAGCCGUGCUGUCGUGUGCCAGCACGGCGGAUGGCCUAGUUGGUGGAGUGACUCGAUCUUGUAUUUCCACCGAGAAGCGGAAGAUGGUUGGUGGAGCAUAUUCAGAGCCGAUUUGUCGCACGAUUUCGCAUCAUCGCCGCCUGUUGUCCCGGUCCGCAUUACUCCGCCGGGCGUCCACUGCUUCACGCCAGCAGCCGUGCACGGCAACAAGAGAAUCGUUGUGGCGACGAGGCGGAACGGCAAAAAUUACCGCCACAUCGAGAUUUUCGACACCGAGUCUCAGAAAUUCCAACCCGUCACCGAGCUGCUGAACCCUAAUCAUCACCAUUACAACCCUUUUGUUUCUCCGGGAGCCACUUUUCUCGGAUACCACCGCUUCAGAGGCACCGGCGCCGGCGACAGUGCAAUUCCUUACAUCGAACGGGUGAACGGUCCAGUAAAAGGACUUAACAUGGUCAGACUCGUCGGUUCAUUCCCAGCCUUCUCGCCGUCCGGCGAUUUAAUCGCGAUGAACGUCGAUUUCGAUCAGAAUUCCGGCCUCAAGAUCGUGAAAUCCGACGGCUCAAAGAUGUGGACAUUGUUCGGAAAUCGAAUCGGCUUCUACAAUUCAUGGAGCCCCGCUCACAACAAUGUCAUUUUCACAUCAAUCGGUCCGAUUUUCGAAUCCUCCAAAGCACAUGUACAGAUCGCUCGAGUCACAUUCGAUCCAACGCAUCUAAACCCUAAUCGUAAGGAAAUCCACUCGGAAAUCAAAAUCCUCACCAGAGAAGACACCGGCAACAACGCCUUCCCAUCGAGCUCGCCCGACGGCAAGUUCGUCGUGUUCCGAUCGGGGAGAUCUGGACAUAAAAAUUUAUACAUAGUUGACGCGACGAUCGGCGAGUUCGACGGUGGAAUACGGCGGCUGACGGAAGGGGCGUGGAUCGAUACGAUGCCGAGCUGGUCGCCGGACGGGAAACUGAUCGCGUUCUCGUCGAAUCGACACAAUCCGGAAAAUGUUGAGGCGUUUGGGAUCUAUCUGAUGGAGGCGGAUGGAUCGGGAGCGAGGAGAGUUAAGGUGGCGGGAUUUGAUGAGGCGAGAGAGAGGUUGAAUCAUGUGUGCUUCAGCGGCGAUGGAGAGUGGCUGGCGUUCGCGGCGAAUUUGGGUGGAGUGACGGCGGAGCCGGUGGCUUAUCCGAACCAGUUCCAGCCCUACGGAGAUCUGUACGCGGUGAGGUUGGACGGGAGCGGUUUGCGCAGGCUUACUUUCAAUGGCUUCGAGGACGGGACACCCGUGUGGGGCCCAAACAUCGAGCGCCAUUUUAGUAUGACUGAAGAUGAAGAACAUGGGCUGGAGGGUGAAUUUGAGGAUCCAUUGUGGAUCAAAUGCCAUGUUUGAACUUAUGUUUCACUUUCAACACUACUUUUUUUCUAAAUAACACAAACAAAAUCUUGUGAGACUUCUUUCGAGGCAUUAUAUAAUAUUCCCUCCGUCCCGCUCCAAA